GGGGACGAUCGCGCGCCCUCUUUGGUUUCACGUUUUCCACUCACGGGAGGAGAGAGCAUGGCAAUAUGUUCUAGUUAUUAAAUAUAUCCAAUUUUAUUUAUUUAUUUUACUGUGCUGGUGUGUGUGUGUGUUCAGUGUUUCGCGUGUGUGUGCGUGUGUGUGUCUAUGUAAAAUGUAGCAAAAUGCAUCGACGCCAGCAGAACAAGUACCAGCGGGAAUCUAACGACGAUUGCAGUGACAGCAAUAACAACACCAGCAGGAGCAGCAGAAACAACGGCUGUCAUCAUCGCCUCUUCCUGUGCUUUUCCAAGGCUGUGCAACAAUUCAUAGAUCUCUGCAACAAUCUUUGUGCCACAGCAGCAGCAGCAGGGACUUUGACAGCAUCCACAUCCACGUUAUCAGCAGCCUCUGCUUCUGUCUCUGCCUCCUCCACAGCCUCCGCCAGUGGCACACAGCCGCCACUGGCCUUUACAGCGCCACCAACGGAAGCUGCCACAGCAGGAGCGAUAGCAGGAGGAGGAGAAGGGCCAGUACCCAUCUUCAGGCGAAACAUUUCACACACCACAGCCGUCAAGUUUUUGUACGCCCGUAAAUUCGAUAUACCACGAGCCGUGUCGCUCUACGAACAGCAUGAGCAGAUCCGCCAGAAGGAGUAUCUCUACAACAUCGAUCCGGAUGUGGAGCCGCUGCGCUCCGAGCUGCAGACUGGGAAAUUUACAAUCCUCCCCGCCCGGACCUCCAGUGGAGCGGCGAUUGCAUUGUUCACCGCCAAUCGACACAGUCCGUUGAGCGUGGGCCAUACGACGACGCUGCAGGGGAUCGUUUAUCAACUGGACAGCGCCCUGCAGGACACGGAGACGCAGCGUGCGGGACUGGUGUUUAUAUACGACAUGAGCGGCUCCAAGUAUUCAAACUUUGACUACGACCUCUCACAGAAGAUACUCACCCUGCUAAAGGGUGGCUAUCCGGCGCGUCUGAAGAAAGUCCUGAUCGUGACGGCGCCGCUGUGGUUCAAGGCCCCCUUCAAGAUCCUGCGCCUGUUCGUGCGCGAGAAGCUGCGCGAACGAGUGUUCACUGUAUCGGUGCCGCAGUUGGGCCUGCACGUGCCGCGCAAGGCGCUGCCCCUGCAUCUGGGCGGCACGCUGGAAAUCGAUCACGCCACAUGGUUGCUGAGUUGCCGCCAAUCGAUGACGAAUCGUGAGGACGAACUGCUUGCCAAUAUCACAGUGGGCACAGUCACUGGAGUCACCGGAGUCGCUGGAGUUACCGGAGUCACUGGUGUCCCAGGUGCGGCAGCUGUGGCAGCAACCACCAAUGGCAGUAGCAGUGGCAGUGGCAGUGGCACCGGCAGUGGAACUGCUGCUGCUGCUGCAGCUGCAACCAUCAUAAGCGCCGUCCAUCAGCUGGCGGACAACAACACCACCGUGGUGACUGUCAGCAACGGUGAGGCCAGCAACGAUGCCACCGCCACCUCUGGGGGCAGCAUAGAGCCCAACGAGAACAUCACAAUCAAUGGCCUCAGUCCAAGUCAUCGCGGGAGCGGCAGUGCUGCCACUGGCGGCGGUGGCAGUGCUGCCCCUGGCAGCGGCGGCGGCACAUCACCCCUCAAGCUCAACACCAGCGGCGUUCCCUUGGACGGCGGUGGCAUCCCCAAAGCCGCCACCAUAGGCUUGGGAGCCCCCACUGCGACAGGACCAGGAGCUGGCACUGUGGCAGGAUUGGCGGUACGGGCCACGGGCGGCGGCCCUGGUGCUGAGGCCACCAAUGGCGGAGAGUUCUGGUCGGAGAAUCCUCCCAGCAGCGCCUCGUCGGGCUUCAGCGACGACGACAGUCUGGCCGGCCAGGAGGGCGAUCCCAAGCCCAUCGAGCAGAUUGUGCAGAUGGUGAUGCAGCGGGGACGCCACGGACUGGUAAAGGAGUAUACGGACAUUAGGAACAGGACGCCCGACGGCACCUUCCUACAUGCGCGAAUGCGCGCCAACCUGACCAAAAACCGAUACACAGAUGUCCUCUGCUUCGAUCACAGUCGAGUGGUGCUGGCACAGGAGGACGGCGUCGAGGAGCUGUCCGAUUACAUAAAUGCGAAUUUUGUCGAUGGCUACAAACAGAAGAAUGCAUAUAUUUCAACUCAAGGUCCAUUACCAAAGACAUCCCAUGACUUUUGGCGCAUGAUCUGGGAGCAACAUUGUUUAGUUAUAGUGAUGACAACGCGCGUGAUGGAGCGCGGGCGUGUGAAAUGCGGCCAAUACUGGGAGCCGACUGAAGAUAGUUCCUUAGAGUACGGCGACUUCCAUGUGCGAACAAUUAGCGUUGAGUGCAACGAGGACUAUACGGUUGCCUCGUUGGAAUUGAGAAACAUAAAGACUGACGAAAUUCGCAAUGUCUCACAUUGGCAGUUCACCAGCUGGCCGGAUUACGGUGUUCCCAGCUCGGCCAUGGCCGUGCUGAACUUCCUCCAGAAGGUGCGCGACAAGCAGGCGGAGCUCGUCGAAGCUUUGGGCGAUACCUGGGCGGGACAUGCGCGCGGUCCACCGAUUGUGGUGCACUGCAGCGCCGGCAUCGGGCGUACGGGAACAUUCAUCACCUUGGACAUUUGCAUAUCGCGUCUGGAGGAUGUGGGAACGGCGGAUAUACGCGGCACCGUGGAGAAGAUACGCUCGCAGCGCGCCUACUCCAUCCAAAUGCCCGAUCAGUAUGUGUUCUGCCAUCUGGCCCUCAUCGAGUACGCCUACUCGCGCGGCAUGCUCCAGACGGUCGAUCUGGCAGGCUUCGAUGAGCGCGAACCGGACUCGGAGUAGGUCGCAGGUCGCAGGUCCUCUUCGAGAAGGAGCAACAAAUAGCAAAUAGAGGGGGAGCAGGAGGAGUACAGAGGAGAGGAACUAAGUAAAGAACGGAAUGGUGCGGAGCGGAGCGGAACGACAGACAAACACACACACAUUGUAUACAGAUUAAUUUUAUGCUUAUAUUCUUCCAAAUUCGGAAUUGUAAUUAUUUUGUUCGUUCGUACUUCGAUGUUUUUCCUGAAAAUAUGUGAAAAUAGGAGAAAGGAUUGCAAGGAAGAGAGAGGGAGAGAGAGAGGAAGAGCGAAAGAGCGGUAGAGGAGUAGAAAGAGUAGAGUAACCAAUUUACGUUAAUGGACUAUAAUUUUUUUUUUAUUAUUAUUAUUGAAAUUAUUAUUAUUAUGACAUACCAAUGCUAUAGCCGAUGUAUAGCGAAAACACACACACAUUUAUAAAUAUAUACAUACAUUAUUUAAAUU